AGCAUAUUCGUUCAUUGAUUGUUAUCGCGUUCAAUGUGUUCGUAGAAUUAUUAUGAUUUGAGUUAAAAAAAUUGUAAACAAAACAAAUGUCUGAAAACUGUUUUGAUGGCGAAGUUAUAUUAAAUGAAUAUUGAAUUAAAUAUUACAAGAUGAAAUACGAAAAUUGUGUUGAAAAGCAAACGAUCGAAUACACGCACACGACUGUUCCGGCAUCGAUGCGGAGCCCCUACUGGAAAUAUUUUGGGUUUCCUUCGGAUAGUGCCAAUAAAAUUUUGACCCGUCAAAAGAUCAUCUGCACAUUAUGUGGUACCGCCAUCACUUACAACAAAAAUACUUCUAAUCUCCGUACACACCUUAUAUCACGGCAUCCAGAGCGAUUGCAUGAAAUGCAUCACCAGCAGCGGCAACAAUGUUCGGCAUUCUCCCGCAGUUCUAAUAUGGAUGGUGGCGACAGUGAUGACGCUUCAACAGAUAUUUUGAACGAAAUUGAAGCGGAUGAAGAGAGCGAAGUAAAAGCGCAAUCAUGUAAACGGUCCAAUUCAGAAGAUUUAAAUGUGGAUAACCUUUUAAAAGUUAAACGACUAAGCGCAGGUUGUCGUGAAUCCAAUAAAAUAACGUUGUCCAUUAGCCAGGAGAACUGUCGUAAUCAACAUCAGGGCACAGUAGCAGUGCCGAACUCUUUGCACAAAAAAGAAUUUCAGGAUGAUCAACAAAGCGGACAUAAUGAGGAACAUGAGACCAUUGUUACCAAUGGGUGCGGUUACGAGUUACUCAGUUCAGAAACGGUCAAUGCCUUAGCAACGAAUGGAGUGGAAGACGUUACCGUUAGUUGUGCUAAUAACUUUGUUGUUGAGACUUUACACAAUGAGGCAGAUGAAUUUGCAGAGGGCGAACCAGUAAUUCUUGAUAAUGAUCUCACUCAAAAAUCGAUGUUCGACUACUCCAAUGAUUCACCGUCGAAUCUUCAUGAGCAAGCAAAUAUAUCAAAUACAAUGCUGGGGGAAAAAGAUUCCUACAUUGAAUUACUUGCGAAUAUGUUGGUUACUGACAUGCUGCCACCUAAUUUAUUGCAAGGACAGGGUUUUAAGCAGCUACUUAACUCCAUCGGAAUCACUAAUGUGGAUAAAUGUGAAGUUGAGAAAAUAAUAUUAGCUGACUAUGGUCAAAUGCAAUAUAUUCUUAAAAAAUACGUUACAACAAAUUUGUUGCAGCAAGACAAACCUUAUUCACUCAGUAUUGAAAAUUAUAUGGACAUCGAGGAGCAGAUUGUGUUCAGCAUAUAUAUUAAUUUCCUUAAUUUCGACUUUGAUAACAAAUUGGAAAGUGUCCUAUAUGAAGAAAUUGUUUGUAGGAAUCAAAUAGACUUGCAUGACGUUCUGAGGGAUUUCGAUCUCAACCGUUGCGCGGCCAUUGUAACAACGAUGAAAGACAACUCAAUAAUAAAGAAUUUUGCCACAUCUCACGGUAUUGAAGUGGUUCCAUGUUUGGAAGCAUUGCUAACUCGGUGUCUCAAUCUAAUCUUUGAACAGGACGAGGUGUCUCAAAUGUUCAAUAAUAUUUUUAAACUACGCCAGAAUUUAAAUUUGCCGGAACCGCACUUGAAUUGCCCCUGGUGGAAACUGAAAUUUCUGCAAGAUUUUCUGGACAUCCCAAAUGAAACUGGCAAGCAAUACAGUGAAUUGUCUUCCGAGUUGGAGUCUUUCAUGGCAUACUUAAACCCGUUAAAAAUUACUCUUGAUACAAUAAACACAGAACCGCUACCUCUCUGUACACUUGUGCGUCCAUUGAUUAUGAAACUCUUCGAAGAGCAUUUCCUGGUAUUUAACACUGACGAUAAUAUUUAUCUACAGUCGGCACAGCAAGUCAUUAAUGAUGAACUACGCCAGAGCAUAGCAAAGUGCUCAUUUUUUUCUGAGGCAGUACUUUUCGAUGUGCGCUUUCAGCACGAUUUCAUUCAGCCUAGGCGACAUCCGACACAUCAGUCACAAAAAGCCGCCACUUUUGACAAUAUCCAGCGUGUGGAGUUGGCGGAGGCAGUUUGUCAGCGAUUCCAACGUCUAAUGACUGUGCCCCCCUCAAACAUAAAAUUGGAUCAAAGCCAGCAAUGCGCCAUAACCCAAGUUGCACCGAAAUCGAGUUUACGAUCGUUUUUUCAUCGCAUUAGCGGUGCGGCAAGCCGCAAAAAUGCACACAACUUGUCUCCUGAGCCAUCACAACCAAAAGAUGCAAUAGAGUUGGAAUUUAAUCGCUACAAAUGUGAGCCAACUUUGGAUUUAGAGCAAUGUCCGAUAAGUUGGUGGCAAAUGCAGUCCCAACAAUAUAAACAAUUGUACAAAUUCGCCAAUUAUUAUUUGAGCGUGCCAUGUUAUGCGUUUCGUUGGCCGACGAGUGCGUACGACGAAACGGAGACAAAUGAACGCAGCGUGUGGUGUCAAAAACGUAGGUCACUUCGACAUCAGCACCCUGUAGAAAAGUGUUUGUGGUAUUUGCACUACAAUCGCGCCUUUCAUAGUAAGAUAAAGCCUAAAUGAUCUGUGGAUGGUGGAAAAAUUCAGGAAGUUCCGUCUGUGCAUUAAAAAAAUAUUAACAUUUCAUUUCUGAGGCAGUCUGCGGCAGACUUGAUCAGACAUUUUCUCUUCAAAUUGAAUGAAAUUAAAUAACGAUAUGUGUCUCAAAAAUACAUAAAAAAGUAGGUAGGGAUAUAGUCCCUGUACACACAUGUAAAUGUAUUAAAAAGUGUGCAAAAAGUUUUUUCAAAACAGUCCGGUGGAUUCAGUUUCUCUUAUAAAAUAAAAUAAUUAAAUAAUUUGGCAUUAUAUAUAAAUCAACGUAUUUCAUAUUUCUUUAUUUUUUUUCAAAAUGGUAUAAGUUUAGUAAAUUAUAAUUAUAUAAAUACUUGCUACAUUCGUGUAUGUUUGUAUAAUGGUAAUAAUUCA